AUGGCCAAGCCGCCCGCCCCAGGCUCGGUGAUUAUCCCAGAUUGGCACGUGAGCGCCGAGGGCAAGGAGUUCCUGGGGUGCCUCCUGCGCAAGAACCGCCGGAGGGUGUUUGGGCUGCUGGAAAGACCAGUGCUGCCCCCUCAGGUGGCCAUUGACACUGCAAGCUACAAGAUCUUCGUGUCCGGGAAGAGUGGAGUGGGUAAGACGGCUCUGGUGGCUAAGCUGGCUGGCCUGGAGGUGCCUGUGGUGCAUCAUGAGACCACUGGCAUCCAGACCACUGUGGUGUUUUGGCCAGCCAAGCUGCAAGAAAGCAACCGUGUUGUCAUGUUCCGCUUUGAGUUCUGGGACUGUGGGGAAUCUGCACUCAAAAAAUUUGAUCACAUGCUGCCGGCUUGCCAGGAGAAGGCGGACGCUUUCCUCUUCCUCUUCUCCUUCACUGACCGCGCCUCCUUCGAAGACCUUCCUGGACAGCUGGCUCGAGUAACGGGCGAGGCCCCUGCUGCUGUCAGAAUGGUCGUUGGCUCCAAAUUUGACCAGUACAUGCACACGGACGUGCCCGAGCGGGACCUCACGGCCUUCCGGCAGGCCUGGGAGCUGCCCCUCCUGCGAGUGAAGAGCGUCCCGGGGCGGCGGCUGGCCGAUGGGCGCACCCUGGAUGGCCGGGCGGGGCUCAUGGACAUCGCCCACGUGCUCAACAGUCUCGCAGAGCAGCUGUGGCACCAGGACCAGGUGGCAGCUGGCCUGCUUCCCGACCACACAGAGAACACCCCUGGCUAA